AUGAGACCCGACGACGACUGGUACGUUCGAGAGGCUGCAAUUGAAUGCUUGGCUGAAAUGGAGCGCGGACGUGAAGCGGCGGAGCAGCAGGUCCAAGAGAAGCAGAUCCAAAGGCCAAUUCGAUGUCGGACCUUUGUCCGCCGCGAGCACGACUUGGCUCACCAACGUCUGUUCGCAGACUAUUUUACCGAGGAACCACGAUGGGGCCCGACGGUUUUUCACAACCGGUUUAGAAUGCGGCGAGAUCUUUUUCUCAGCAUUGUCCAAACGUUGGAGGCACGUGAUCCUUACUUCCAGUAUUGGGAAGAUGGCAUCGGCAGACCUAGACUUACACCGUUGCAGAAGUGCACGGUUGUCUCCGGCAGUUGGCGUAUGGCACCACGACGGACAUGUUUGACGAGUACCUUCAUGUCAGGAAGACAUCUAGCCGCGAGUGCCUGA